GCCUCGUUUCAAUCUCACUCUCCAGUUCACCUCCAAUUGCCUCGUUUGAGGCUACUUCCGUGCUUGAUUGGUGGUUGAGGCACUCUGAGACGCUGGACAAUGAUUGGAAGAUAUCUGACUUCGACGGGUGAUUUGAUCUAGCUUAAAACUGAUUGACAUGUUAAUCAGUAGUUAAGAUUGAUUGGCACUGGUAGUUACGUUACUCCCCCCCCCCCCCCCAGAGCCUCGUGACCUGAGGUGGUGCCACGGGUUGACCUCUGAGAGUGCCAGGAGUGCCUACACCAGGAGGGUGACACUGUCACUCAAGGUGACAGGUUCUGGUGUCACUAUCUGUCUUAAAACGGUGCCAGCGGUGUGCCUCUGGGUUCAUGAUCAUGUCUCGUUCAUUCCUCGUGGAUUCCCUCAUCUCCCCGCGGGCGUCGGAAACCAGUGGGCGUGGGCACCGCUCCUACAGCCCGCCUGGGGGCACGCCCAUGCCCGCCCUCCUACCUCUCCACCCAUGCCCUCCGGGUAAACAUAGCGAUGUCAUAUCGCUAUACUCCUGUCGUUCCUGCGUGCCCAUCCCGCCCGCGUUGAAGCAAGCCAUGGCGCCCACAUUCUCCAGCUUCACGCCCACGCUGGGGUCAAGCUUUACCCACACGCCCGCAAGCCUCCCGCCCACGCCCAUCCUGCGGCCGGUACCCGUGUCUUUGCCAAUGACUAUGUCGCAUAUCUACAGCCCUCUCUAUGUCCCGGCCGCCCACGCCCGCCCACAGCUCAACACGCCCAUCCCGCCAGAGAAGAAGUCUCCAGUUCAAGGAAUUACGAGGCCCCGCUCGGAGUCCCCAACGGAGGACGUCCCCUCCUGUAAGCGGAUCAGGACGGCCUUCACGUCCACACAGCUGCUGGAGUUAGAGAGAGAGUUCUCCGCCAACAUGUACCUGAGUCGCCUCCGACGGAUAGAGAUUGCUACGUAUCUCAACUUAUCUGAGAAACAGGUGAAAAUCUGGUUCCAGAACCGCCGUGUGAAGUACAAGAAGGAAGAGAGCGGACAGUCCAAGGAGAAGUGCUCGUGUCUAAGGACUUGUUCAGCCUCUAGGACUCGCUCCAAGGACUCCCCUGGCCCUCAGGGGUGCCACGCCAGGCAUGACGGUGAAGAGUCCUUGGAGGAGGAGAAGGUCGACGUCGAGGCGAUCGAUGGAAGUCGAUAUAAGGUCGAUUGUGAUGAAAAGGUUUUCUCUGAAUUAGGCCAGCAUCGUCAUCAAGUUCCUGAGCGUGGGCAGGAGGUGCAGGGAUAUCCUAGGCCGGACGAGGAGCAUUGUCGAAAGGCUGUUAGUGUUGACUUUAAUCCCUCUGGUGAACACGUGAGGCCCUCUGGUGAACACGUGAGGCCCUCUGCUGAACACAUCAGGCCCUCUGCUGAACACAUCAGGCCCUCUGGUGAACACAUCAGGCCCUCUGCUGAACACAUCAGGCCCUCUGGUGAACACAUCAGGCCCUCUGCUGAACACAUCAGGCCCUCUGGUGAACACAUCAGGCCCUCUGCUGAACACAUCAGGCCCUCUGCUGAACACAUCAGGCCCUCUGGUGAACACAUGAGGCCCUCUGGUGAACACAUCCGGCCCUCUGGUGAACACAUCCGGCCCUCUGGUGAACACAUCCGGCCCUCUGCUGAACACAUCAGGCCCUCUGCUGAACACAUGGCAACCCACAGCUACACAUCUGACACAGACUCAGACAAAGACAGUAGUGAAAACAUUGAUGUCAUUUGA